UUUGCCAGCCGCCAUAAAACAGCAAGCAGAAGAAGAAGAACACGUGGUCUUGUUACAGCUACUCUCUCCAAUAUGGAUGAAAUAGAUCAUUUAAUCGUUAAGCUGUAUGAAAUACAAGCAGUAAAAUUUGGGUCAUUCAAGUUGAAGAGUGGUAUUAAUUCACCGAUUUAUUUCGAUCUGCGAGUUAUAGUUUCGCACCCGUCUCUCAUGAAUAAGGUGUCCAAUCUCCUGUUCCUGCAUGCCAAGCGCGCGGGGUUGAAGUUUAACACUGUGUGCGGCGUCCCCUACACAGCUCUGCCUCUUGCAACCAUCAUCUGCUCCGAACAUGAGCUGCCGAUGCUCAUUAGAAGAAAAGAAAUGAAGGAUUAUGGGACUAAGAAACUGGUUGAAGGAACUGUUCGUCCUGGGGAUUUGUGUCUUAUCAUUGAGGAUGUGGUGACAAGUGGAGGCAGUGUCCUAGAAACUGCUGAAGUGCUGCAGAAGGAAGGCUUGAUGGUGACUGAUGCCGUUGUGCUGAUGGACAGGGGGCAAGGCGGUGCGAAACGGCUGGAAAAGGAAGGGAUCACACUCCACUCUGUCUUAACCCUCUCCAAACUCCUGGAGGUCCUUCACAAAGCAGGAAGGAUCGAUUCCGACACUGUGGUGAGCGUCCGCCAGUUCAUCAAGGAGAACAGCUUCGAGACCCCAGACUGUGACCCAUCGAUCAACAGGAAGCCCCACGAGAAACUGACUUACAAGGCCCGUGCCGAGCGUCCAGACACCCACCCCCUGGCUGCCCGUCUCCUGAGACUGAUGGAGAAUAAGAAGAGCAACCUGUGCCUUUCGGCCGACGUGACGCGUGCGGAGGAGCUGCUGCGGCUGGCUGAGGAGCUGGGCCCCCUCAUCUGCGUGCUGAAGACCCAUGUUGACAUCCUGGAGGACUUCUCCCAAAAAGUCGCCCAGACACUCAAGGACCUGUCUGAGAAGCAUGACUUCCUUAUAUUUGAGGACCGGAAGUUUGCCGACAUUGGAAACACGGUCAAACACCAGUACGGAGGGGGACAGUACCGCAUCUCGUCCUGGUCCCACAUCAUCAACGCUCACGCCGUGCCCGGCCCGGGGGUGAUAAAAGGGCUUCGUGCAGUCGGGCAGCCCCUGGAGAGGGGGUGCCUGCUUAUCGCCCAGAUGAGUUCCCAGGGCUCCUUAGCAACAGGGAGCUACACAGAGGCAGUGGUAAAAAUGGCAGAAGAGAAUUCUGACUUUGUCUUUGGCUUCAUCUGUGGCGGCAAGAUCAGCAGUGAGCCUGGCUUUGUGCACAUGACACCUGGUGUACAUCUGCACUCAGGAGGUGAUGACUUGGGCCAGCAGUAUUGUUCUCCCAGCGAUGUCAUUGGUGGAAAAGAGUCUGAUGUCAUCAUUGUGGGACGUGGAAUCCUGGCUGCACCAGACAAGGUGGUGGCUGCAGAAGAAUACAGAAAGGCAGGCUGGGAAGCCUAUCAGAAAAGAAUCCCUAGAGACUAUGAAAAACCAUAAGUUUUUCAUUCCCAGCACUGAUUUUCAUUUUGUAGAAAUAAAGUGAAUGAACAAAA